AUGAUUUCUAAAUUAGUCUUUCUGAUUUUUGUGGCGACAAGUACCUUAGGAGCCCCUACGAAUGUUGCACCAUUGGAAAAACAACAACCAACUAUCAUACCAAUUGUUUCACAAUCUGAGGAACUGGAUGCAAAUGGAACAUAUAAGUUCAGUUUUGAAACUGGAAAUGGAAUAAAAAGAGAGGAGAUAUCCUUUGAUAAGAUUAUUCCAAAGACAACAAGUCGUAGCUCUAACAGCAAAGAAGAAGAAGAAAGCGAUUACAGUGAUGAAAUCCAUGUACAACAAGGGUCAUAUUCAUAUACUGCGCCUGACGGAACCAUCAUUACUUUGAGAUACAUUGCUAACGAGAAUGGUUUUCAACCUAUAGGUAAUCAUUUACCAAGAGCACCAGCUCCAGCCCAAAUUUCUUCAGCAUCAAGUAAAAUGUCUGGACGUGCAUUAAAAUUAUUGGAUAACAGUGAAUCGGCAUCUACACAAACUACUGGUAUAAAAUUACCAUCUGAAAAACAAGUUCAUAAUGAAGUACUUGAGUCUUCCAGAACUACAACUUUAUCUACAGCCGAAAUGACAACUGUUUCUUCUUCUCUACCUCAAGAUUUUGCUAAAGCCACAACUGAAUAUUUUUCAAAUCCUAAAGAAAAGUUAAAAAAUACCAAAACUGUUGCGAUACUUUCUUCUGCAGAUACUGAUGAAAAAUCAGAAAAAAUUGCAACGACUAUUCCAUCACGUAAACAGGGAACUGAAGUAUUUACUGCUUCUGAACUUAAUACUAAAUCAGAUGUGACUGAUUCCUCUAAAACAAUUUCCCUUUCCGGUGAAAUUUUGACAACUACUGAACUAACUCAACCUGUAAAAGAUUUAACAGAAUUUGAGGAAUCUUCGACACGAGCUAUAUCAGAAAAUCAAACAAAUAGCAUGUUAAGUUUCUCGGAAACGACAUUGGCAACGACCGUCGUAAAUACCUUAGAGCUAUCUACUGCAGGACCUACAUCGGCACCCGCGGAAACUAAUGAUACUGUCUCAAAAAAUUAUAAUGUGGAGGGGAAAUCUUCUUACGAAGUCAUAAAAACAACACCAAAAUCAAUAGAAGAAGCAGAAAAAAAAUUAACAGAACAGUCAGUUUCUACUCCGGUAGCGUCCAGUGAUGAUGUAAGCACAUCUGCCACUUCAGCUUAG